AUGAGCAUGGAAACGCCCCCUGUAGAUAUCGACAACAUCAUCGACCGCUUGCUGGAGGUGCGGGGCUCGAAGCCGGGGCAGCAGGUGGACCUCGAAGAGCACGAGAUCCGCUACCUGUGCUCCAAGGCGCGCAGCAUCUUUAUCAAGCAGCCCAUUCUUCUUGAGCUGGAGGCUCCGAUCAAGAUAUGCGGCGACAUCCAUGGGCAGUAUUACGACCUCCUGCGGCUUUUCGAGUACGGCGGGUUUCCGCCGGAGUCCAACUACCUGUUUCUGGGGGACUACGUGGACCGCGGGAAGCAGUCGCUGGAGACCAUCUGCCUGCUUCUGGCGUACAAAAUAAAGUAUCCGGAAAACUUCUUUAUUCUGCGCGGAAACCACGAGUGCGCGUCGAUCAACCGGAUAUACGGGUUUUACGACGAGUGCAAGCGGCGGUACAACAUCAAGCUGUGGAAGACGUUCACGGACUGCUUCAACUGCCUGCCAAUUGCGGCGAUCAUCGACGAGAAGAUAUUCUGUAUGCACGGCGGGCUGUCGCCGGACCUGAACACGAUGGAGCAGAUUCGGCGGGUGAUGCGGCCGACGGACAUCCCGGACGUGGGCCUGUUGUGCGACCUAUUGUGGUCGGACCCCGACAAGGACAUCGUGGGGUGGUCUGAGAAUGAUAGAGGCGUUUCGUUUACAUUUGGGCCGGACGUGGUGUCGCGGUUCCUGCAGAAGCAGGAUAUGGAGCUCAUUUGCCGGGCUCACCAGGUGGUCGAGGACGGCUACGAGUUUUUCUCUAAGCGACAGUUGGUGACGCUAUUCAGCGCGCCCAACUACUGCGGGGAGUUCGACAACGCCGGUGCGAUGAUGAGUGUGGACGAGAGUUUGUUGUGUUCCUUCCAGAUUUUGAAGCCGGCGGUCAAGCCCAGUGCAGGGCGCGGCCAGCCUAAGAAGAAGAAAUGA